AUGAGUAAAUUGAAAACAUUAAAUAGACAAUUCAUAUCAAAUCUAGAGACUCAUAAGGUGACCACUGAUGCUAAACGGAAUUUAAUUUUAUCAAUUCUAAAAUCAACAACUACAAAACGUGAAGCCAAAAAUUAUUUGACCAAAUAUCAAAAUCAAUUUGAUUUCAAUGAUGAUUUAGACUUUAAUAAAAAUAUUAAAAUCAAAAAUGAACAAUUGUCAUUAACUAAUAGAGAUUCACAACGAGAGUUAUUUAUAAAUAGAUUUCUUAAUCAACUGAAUCCAUUUAUCAAUAUUUAUGAUAGAGAAGAUGUAAAAUUACAAAAAGUGCCUCUUCGAUUGGCUAUUUUCAAAAUCAAAUUCACAAAAAUAACUAUUAAACAAUGGAAGGGGAUUGCUGAGACUUUUAAAAGAUUGAUAACUUUAGGUAUUUCACCCAUUAUAAUGUUAGAUUAUGAUCAUUUACCUCUGAAUUCAUUUAAGAAUAACGAACUUUACAUGAUUAAUCAAGGUAACAAAAUGCUCAAUUACUUGGGGCGUCCUGAAGAAGAAAGUGAUUUGAAAGUGACACUUUUACGUUCAUUGUUUACGUCCCAUAAGGGUGUACCAACAUUGGAUAGUUUAGAACUGAUACUCAUUCCAUUAUAUCAAGGGAUAAUCCCUAUAAUUCAACCUAUUGUCUAUAAUGCAGAUGCUUCAAAACAAGAAUUCCUUGAAUCAGACAAAUUAUUGUUGGGUUUAAGUUCUGCAUUGAUUGAAAAAAGAACUACUGAUUUGUUAUCAAUUGAGAAAAUUGUUAUGAUAGAUCCCAUGGGAGGAAUACCUUCAAUAGAAAGACGUCAAACCAGUCAUGUUUUCAUAAACUUAUCGCAAGAAUAUUCCGACAUUCUUUCAGAAUUAUUUAUUGGACAUAUUGAACCCAAAUAUCGUGAUACUCAUGUCAAUAAUUUGAAUACUAUGAACAAUGUAUUGUCAUUUAUUAAUGAAAAAUCAGGUAAUGACGAAACUACAGGUAUCAUCACCACGCCAGAAAUCAUGUCAAUAAAUAUAGAUCAAUUGAAUCCUAUAAUUUACAAUGUCCUUACUGAUAGAGCUAUUAUUUCAUCGUCUUUACCUAGCACCACCAAUAGAACCCCCCAUUUGUCCACCACCAUUAUCAAAAAAGGUGUUGAUGUACAAAUAUUUGAUAUUGAUAAUUAUGACAAAGAUUUGACAAUGCAGAACUUGUUUGAUGACAAAUUGGUAAACAAAGAGAAAUUGAUCAAUUUAUUGAAUGAUUCGUUUGGAAAGAGUUUAGAUGUGGAUCCAUAUUUAGAUCGUAUAAACGAUAAUAUAGCAACAGUGGUAAUUGUUGGUGACUACGAUGGGGCGGCAAUCAUUACUUGGGAAUAUAGUAAAGGUGAAAAGAUUGCUUAUCUUGAUAAAUUUGCCAUUGCUAAGAAAAAUCAAGGUUUACCUGGUUUAGCUGACGUUAUUUUCAAAAUCAUCUUACAAUCUCAUCCAUUUGAAUUGAUCUGGAGAUCUCGGAAAAACAAUCCUGUUAACAAAUGGUAUUUUGAAAGAUGUUGUGGAUGUAUGAGUGCUCCUGAUUCUCAAUGGAAAAUAUUCUAUACCGGUGAAGUGUUUGAUAAGAAGAUUGAUCGGUUUAAACGGAAUCCACGCCACAAAAAUGGUGUAGUGAAUAUCGAUAGAAAGUUACAACAAUAUUCCGAAAUUUGCGAAGGAAUAACCCCAUCAUUUAAAUAG